AUGAACUACAAAACGAGAUUCGUGCAGGAUCUGUGCAAAACCCGCACCGAAAUUUAUGAAGAACUGCUACUUUUUGCGUCCAGUGAAGAAAAAUUUCUCCAAAAUGUUCACAAUCUCCGUAAGCCGUCCCUAGAAGCGCUGUUGUACGUGUUGCUGAUGAAACAGCGUGGUACGCUUCCCGGAAACUUGUGUGGCAGGAGCGAAAAUUACACGCUGCGGCUCCUUUUACCUAUCAUCAACGAAAACCAUUUACGGCUGCAGUCAGAAAGCGAUACGUUCGGAUGCCUCUUGAGUACAUUAGCGCUGAUUGUGUUGCUCGAACCCGAUGCCACAGUAAUUCGUUCGCAAGCGGCAGCGUUUGUGACGGAGUUUGAAGAGAAUCUGCACGAGCUGCCCCUAUACUACGAUGUAUUACGCACGCUGCUAAUAUUGACCAAAGAACGGCCGGAGCUCGAAGGGAUUUUGCACACAUUAGAUGCCCGGCAAAUGGUUCGUCGACUAACGUCUGAGUCGAACGCGAUACGAAUGAAGAGUCUGGCCUGUCUGCAGCUGUUGCUGCAAUUCAACCCACGGAUCUUCGACGAUUGGCUUUUGACCUUGAUGGACGACAAACAGCGGCUAAUGGUUGAGCAACGUGCGUUUAUAGUAUUUCAGUUGAUGGAAACGUUGCUGCGAAUGGAUGACCGGAGCAUGGAAAUGUUAAAGAUGUUGCAGUGUGAUCGCGUGUGGACCAUCGUAAUGGAAGGACUGCGCUCGAAGGAUACCGUAUGUCGCAAAGAGUCACUCGCCGUUCUACAAUAUGCCAUCGGAUAUGCGAAACAGCGCAAUUCAGAUAUAAAUGGAACGUUUUUUCACUGGCCGCAAAAAGAGAAUAGUGAGAAAUUGGUCUCCUCGGGUUGGCAAUCACUUGUGACGAUCAUCGAAGCACUGAGCGAAACACAAGCGCAUCUCGUUCUGCCCGCCAUGGAGCUAUUGAGCAAAAUUUCUGUACUUCACAUCGCUUGGAGGAACGUCGUUUUGGGGCGCAUACUGCUUCACGAAAGCCCUCACGUCAUCCAAUAUGGAAUACAACAUUUUCUGGAGCUACAUUCGUUCGAUGCUGCUGACGUUACACUGGAAAAGCUUUUUUUGGAAACAUUCAACCGAGUCGCAUUGUUCGAGCCAGUUGAGGAUACGAUCCGUGACCUUAAGAAGCACUAUAGUACAGCCACGGCGUUCGAUUUCUUACUGGACUACGCACAGGCUAUUCCUUGGAAUUCUGUCCAAUAUUAUUGUGUAGCAUGUGUGAUAUACGAACAAGUUAACCUUGUGGAAAACGCCGAUCGAGAAACUAUUAAGACACUGGAAAAGUGUGUAAAAUGUUGCCAACAUGUAAAAAACGUUUCUCUGCGACACGUAAUCGUCUUGCUGCUGCUGAAAACUAUUAGCAAGUUUGUGAAACUUCAUAAACCACCGAACAGCUCUAACACACUUCUGUCGAUCGUGGCGGAAGUUGAGAAGAUUUUACCAAAAUUUUCGCUAUCAUUUGAACACUUGAAGGAUGAAUCGGGCUCAUCAUUUUGUGACACAAUCGACGAAAAAUCUCUUAUAGAAUUUGCUUUCAGCCUGAAUGCAGAAAAUGAAUUUUCUCUGCUCGAUGCAUUAAUCGUGGAAAAAUCGAACGACAUCGAUCUAAACGAAACUUUUCACAUACUGGCACGAGCCAAUCUGGGAACGGCGUAUAGGUCGAUAUAUGAAGAAUGUGAAGAAUGGGAAGAUCUUUUCUACAAGCUAUACGAAAAAACUGAUCGUCGUUUGCGCUGCUUCGAUUACAAACAAUCCGUCGCAAUUCAGACCAUUCAAUUGGCGCAUAUUUGUGCGGUUCAGCUCAAAUGCCAAGAAGUGCCUGUGACAUUUUUCAAUUACGUAUGCCUCCGUAAGCUAAAGAAUGAGCUCCGGCGCCAUGUGUCGACUGGUCCUUCGAUCGACGAAGUUUAUGUGAUGAUCUCUGAAAUCUACCUUCAACAUGCUAAAAUAGUCGACCAUACAAUAUUGGUAAGCGACGAUGAUAGCUCAAAACUAAUCAGCCUACUAGAAGUGGGAAACCACAAGGUGCUGAGUCACGUUAUUUCGAUUGUUUGUUACUGUCUGCAACUACCACUUGAUGAUGGUGAUGAUCCAAUUCUGGAUGUCGUCCGGCGUUGCUACAAAGAGAUACUAAACUAUCGUAAAUCGGAUCACUUUGUGUGGCUGCUUAAAUCGUUCAUCGAAAUGCUAUUGAAACCAUAUCAAAGAAAUAAUAUUUAUUGGAUAGACAUCGAAGAUGAAGACUGCCCGAUGGCAACCGAUGUCGAGGAGUACAUUAAUAAGUUCCUCGAACAAGCCAGAACCAUUUACGGAUUGGCAAAUAUUGUGUUCGAAAAUGUACUGCAUUCUCACGUCGGUAUUCUUCUGAAAUACAAACCAUUUGCAAAAAUGUUGCUGGGCGGGAUGAUCUUCGGUGACAUUCAAAAGCGAGAACAGAGGAUUGAAAAUGAGGCUUUGGAACACUGUGGGAUGAAAAUAGACUUUGCAGAUCAGAGCCAGGCAGACGCUCGCGUUCGCGUCCUGUGCGUGCUGUUUCUAUAUCAGAUUGCGAAGACCAAUCACCCCGACGCCAUGCUGUUUCUACUCAAACUAGAGCGAAUGCUUGUGGAAAAAUUUACGGAAAUAACGAAAGCAAAGGAAAGAUAUUAUGCCGACUCUAUCACGCAUCGGCAAAAGCUGCGCAUCAUUCAAGCGCUCUGCGUUGUUCUUAAACUAACCGGAACGAAGCCUUACCCACUGUUAGAGGUGAUGCUUUAUGAAACGAAUCAACCCAACAUUAACUACCUCAUCGAGUUGAUCGUGGCCGACAGUGCGAUCGACACGCUAACCAUUGCGAACAAGCUGAAAGAUAAUGAGGUAAAGGUAUCCGGCAUACAGUCCAUUUUCGUGAUCCUGUGGCUCCGGUGCUGCCAAACGAGAUCACUCGACAAACGUUAUAUCUAUCUCCUGCUACCGUGGACAAUGGCACAAAAUUUCUCCACCCGACUGUACGCACAGAUCGUGAUCAAGAAGCUGAUCGCAACCUUUUCCACCACGCACGGUCGUUUUAAGGAGAUCUAUGCCGCUGUCGACAGCUACCUGCGGCAAGGAAACGUUGAGCGUAACAUUGAAAAGUGUAUGAAAGAUUUUCGUUUUAAUACCGUUUUCGAUUAUGCCAACCUCUUGACGCUCGAGAACAUCUUUCACAACAUCCCGAGAGUAUCAGGCGCACCGCUGGAAGACGUCGUUGGAACGCAAAUACUGCGGGAGUGUUUUGCAACUCUUCAGCUAGACGAAACGAACCUGGGCCAUGCGCUUGAUUUCGGCGAGUUGAGUGCGCAGAAAAAGGAAAAUCUCUUCCUUUCCCAGUCGGUCGGAGGUGCGGAUUUUAUUCAACGGAAAUUAGUGCCACUAAAAUGCCUGGAACCGAAUCAAGAGCUGCUGUUUGGACUACCCGAAAACCUAUGCCUACGAAAGAUGGACUACAAUGAGGGGCUAAUUGUUGUAGCAAGUUUGAUUAACCGAGCUCCCAACCUCGGAGGUUUGGCCAGAACCUGCGAAAUAUUUGCUGUGAAACAACUUGUCACAAACUCGCUGCGAGACAUCGAUAACAAAGAAUUUCAAGCCUUGAGCAUGACCGCCGAAAAGUGGCUAAACAUUGGAGAGCUGAAGGCUCACCAGAUAGUCGAGUAUCUACGAGAGAUGAAAUCCAAAGGAUACGCCAUCGUUGGGGCCGAGCAGACAACGGGAAGCAAACCCAUUCAACAGCUCGUGUUCCCCAAAAAAUCAAUCCUCGUUCUCGGACACGAGAAGAAUGGUUUGCCGGCAGAUAUCAUUCGGCAUCUUGAUCUGAUUGGCGAAAUACCGCAGUUCGGCGUGGUUCGUUCUCUCAACGUGCACGUUACUGGUGCCAUUUUCAUUUGGGAAUACGCCAAACAGCAUCACAUCAUUCAGGGCUAG